AUGUCAAAUCUGAGCGUUGUGACAACAUUCAUCCUCAUGGGGAUUCCCCAUGCACCAGCCCUGGAUACCACCCUUUUUGGAAUCUUCUUAGUGAUUUAUGUACUCACUGUGGUAGGGAACCUCCUCAUCCUGCUGGUGAUCAGGGUGGAUUCCCACCUCCACACCCCCAUGUAUUACUUUCUGGCCAACCUGUCCUUCCUUGACAUGUGCUUCUCCACUGUCACUGUACCUAAAAUGCUGAUGACCUUCCUCUCUCCAGGGGGCAGGGAUAUCUCCUUUCACAGUUGUGUUUCCCAGCUCUAUUUCUUCCACUUCCUGGGCAGCACUGAGUGUUUCCUCUACACUGUCAUGUCCUAUGAUCGCUACCUGGCCAUCAGUUAUCCACUCAGAUAUAACAGCAUGAUGACAGGAAGAAUGUGUGCCCUCCUGGCCACCAGCACGUGGCUCAGUGGAUCUCUUCACUCUGCAGUCCAGAUAAUAUUGACAUUUCGUUUGCCCUAUUGUGGGCCCAGCCAGAUCCAGCACUAUUUCUGUGAUGCACCGCCCAUCCUGAAACUAGCCUGUGCAGACACCUCCACCAAUGAGAUGGUGAUCUUCAUCAACAUUGGAGUAGUGGCAUCUGGCUGCUUCUGCCUGAUAGUGCUUUCCUAUGUUUCCAUUGUCUGUUCCAUCCUGAAGAUCAGAACCACAGAGGGGAGACUGAAAGCCUUCCAGACCUGUGCCUCUCACUGCAUUGUGGUCCUCUGUUUCUUUGUUCCCUGUGUUUUCAUAUAUUUGAGACCAGGCUCCAAGGAUGCUGUUGAUGGGGUGGUGGCAGUUUUCUACACUGUGCUGACACCUCUUCUAAACCCUGUUGUGUACACCCUGAGAAACAAGGAAGUGAAGAGAGCACUAUUCAAGCUGAGAAGUGAGUCAGUAUUCAGCCAGAGCAAAUAA